AUGGCUGUGUUGUUACUCUUCUUCCUUGUCCUCUUUUCCUCCGUGUCCAACACGCAGGCGAACUGUUGGAGCACGCUCUCCCCGAGUGGCUCCCCACCCUCCGAGCGCUACGGCGCCGCCGGUCACUUCUCUCUCAACCAAACAACUCACCUCUUUGCUCUUCCAACUGAUUGUCCGCCGCGAUUGCUGCAAGAGACCUACGGCAAGAUUGUGCACCUCGAGCUGCCCGCUAGACAGGGGGAGAUCGUUGUGCAAGGCAUUCGGCGACCCUUCUCCGUGAACCUCGAGGCGAUGGAGACUGAAUCCCCUGCCCGCAAGAGGGGAGUUCCCCCCGAAGAGGGGCUCAGCUUGGAAUCAAUCCGCGAAGUUCUCAGGACGGAAAUUCAGGGCGCGGUGGGCGGAGUCACGGACAGAGUCGCUGCCUUGGAGCGCAGUCUCCAGAGCCACAACGAGCGCACCUUUCAGGCUGUGGAGACACUCUCCACAGGGCAGGCCGAGCAAGGCCUUCAAAUUCGCCAGCUUGCCACCGACUCUAAGGCCAUGGCAACGAGGCUGAACAACCUGGAGGGAACGAUCAAAACCAUCCAGUCCUCGGGGAGCACGCCCUCGACAAUGGACUCAGGACGAGUCCCGGCCUUGGUGAUGGGGGGCUGGCCCCCGGAUACCCUUGCUGCAGAUGUUCUGAACAAAGCCAACGAAAUGGCUCGAGACCUUCAGCUCCAGAUCAAUAUGGCAGAUGCUUUCGUGCCUGGUGUCCGCAGGGGAUUUGUGUUGGUACCUAUCGCACCCAUGGACGGCGAGAAUGAAGAAGCUAUGAGGCAAAGGGUGCAAACGUGCAUUAGGCGGGUCAACGCCUCCAACAUUUCAUUGGGAUGGAAGCCGGACGGCAACCCUGCUAAGCUGUGGCUCACCUUGAGCCAGCCACCAGAACGGCGCCGGCGAGCGGCCUUGGCGGGGAAAGUAAAGAGGCUUAUCAUCGAAGCAGGGGGCCCAUCCCUCAUUGCCCGCAUCGAGCCGGAGUGGGCGACAGGCACCGUCUGGUUCAAGGACCAUAAGAUCUCGUCAGGGACAUCAGCCGGACCCCCGGGAUCCAGCAUUGCAGGCUGUGGCUGGAUCGACAUCCCAAAGAUCGCAGAACUCAUCGGGGGGGACCCCCAGCAACUGGCGAAGACGUGGGAGAGGGAUGAGUCCGGAGACCACUUUGGACCUACUCUCCAGGGGGACCUCACUUCCUUGACAACGACACGUGGAUGCUGGUCCACGGCAAACAACCGAGUGAAUGGCGAGGGUGUGGCAUUGCCUUCCAGAAGAUUGAUUUCGGGGCAUGUUUCCCAUAAGUUCACCAUUGCAGAGACAGACGAAACCCUCUCCUGCACGGGGCGCGGGGAGCAAAUCCUCACAUGGUGCACGGAGCAAGGGAUCACCCUGAUCGACUACGUCGCGUCUAGACACCUCCGGUUUGUAUCGGCCGAUGUAGGCCCCAAAAGCAAGGUCAUAUGGUCGGCGAGGUUGAUCACUGAGCCAGUGCAUCGGUCCAUGAAAUUCCAGGAAUCACCGGCACUCAAGAAGCUUCGAAAAGUUGCUAAGGGGGCCACCCCUGGACCGGAAUCACGCAGUGCAUGGAAGCUUGUCGAGAAAACGUUGAAGCAGGAGCGCAAAGCCUGGCAACGCGAGCUUGCCAGCAGGGCGGGAGCCCUCGAGUGGAACGCGUAUCGAGCAGUUAAGCAAAAAUCCUCCCGCUCCAACUGGGCGGAACACUUGCUUGACAAACCCGAUUGGGAGGACGCCUUGAAGAAACAUAUGAGCACAAUCUUUGCGCAAAAGCCACCGGCAGACACUGCCGCAGCUAUGCAGAGCAUGCGAGACGAAGCCACCAGGCUUUGCAAAACCUGCCCGUGGCGCCCCUUCAGUGAAUCAGAGAUGCGCAUAACUAUGUCCAAAUGGAAAAAACAUAAAGCCACCGGCACAGACGGGAUAGCCCUUGAAGCCCUUCAACUUUUGUUCGAGGAUAGCUACUGGCGCCCCCGCAUCGCCGAGCUCAUAAAUGACAGCCUAUACCGGGGAGACAUCCCCGAGUGGGUCUCUGAAGGUGCUUCCGUGCUCCUUCCCAAAACGGCAGUGCCGCAAGGCUGGUCCGAUACUAGGCCCAUCACGCUGUCAAGUGCCAUCCUCAAAUGGAUCGCACAACUCCUGCUGCUGCGGGGAACACCCGCUUUGCUCGACUGUUGCCAGCACCAAUGGGCGAGCCGUCAUAAGCAAGGCGUUGAACUUAUCUUAGCUAUGCGCAAACUUGCCCGCGUCGCCCACGAAUGGAAGACGCCUUUCUACAUAGUUAAGAUAGAUAUUGCUAAGGCUUUCGACUCGAUCGCACAGGAAAAGCUAGGUGACCUCGUGAUGAGGAAAAUCGCAAGGGGAGGCCUCCCCUGGGAAGCAAGGCUAUGGCUGAAAUUGCUGGAGGCAAGAGAGCUGAACUUUUACGUUCAGAAACACAAAGUGCCCGUUGCCCAGACCAACGGGGUGAGCCCGCCGCCGCACUCCGGGGCAGCGUUUAUGGAUGACACCUAUGUUUGGGGAGAAUCCCCCGAAUACGUGCAGGAAGUUCUCCAAGCACUUGAAACCAAGUUCUACAUAGGAGGGGUCCAAGUUGCCCCAGAUGGUCCACACAGCAUCAUGACCAUCCUAGGCAGCUCUUCUACAGGCAUCAAAUUCGACGCAGCUCCUCCAAGCGAGAAGCAUGAUAUGCGGGGAUACAACGGUGGUCGACACAUGCGCUACAGAUGCAGUGGCAGCUAUGGGGCCACAUCGGCCGAGCAGUGUUCCAACCAACGUUUCACAUCCUCCGUUGGAGAGACCUCACCUGGUGGCGCGCAGAUCUCCGCCAUCGCAGGCAACCAGUGGUGGAUCCCAGCUCAAGACCGCAACAGGUGGCAACACCUCUGCAAAGCCUUUAUCGUGACCUUUGACCCGCCGUGGGCCAGUGGCAACCAACUCGCUCUGCCAGGUCCCCUUCUGGACCGCAGGAGGAGCUCCAUGUGCUUCGUCGUGCUUAUGGCGAGCGCCCUUUGCUGCCUCCGCAGCGGAGCUGGGCCCAGCCCGGCCCCGGAGAUAAUCAUCGUCGACUCCGACAGUGAAAGUGACAUGUCUGACAUGCCCUGGGCGCCACUGGAGCCAGAACCACCACACCAGCCCACCAUUGUGGAAGCGGACGAGGUGACGGACAUGCCGACCGACUACCACGACGAGGAAGGACUCAGCGACAACCUGGAGACCAACAACCCACCUCCUCGACGGCUGCUUUCCCGGGGUUGCGAGACCAUCAAGGCCGUGCACAAGGGUGGAGUUCCCUACUACCAGACCACGGCCCAGAUGCCGGUGGCUGAAGACCGCUAUGCCACCUAUAGGAUCGGCUAUGCCCAGACGUACGACCCCGCAGCUGAUCCUUGGCACGAAGAUGGCAUGUUUCCAGGAAGGGCAGGGCAAGUACCAAUCAGCAUGCCCUACGACCCAUGGGAAGAUGACCUUGACCAGCCAGCCCAACCUGCACAACAAGUACAACCGCCUCCGGGAGGUCACCCAGGACAAUACUACGUGCCGCAGCAGCAGCCGCAUCAUGCACAUCCACCACCCAGGCCAAUGCAGAACCCGCCACAGACCCUUGCGCAAGCCCUCCCGCAACAACAGCCUCAGCAGAUGAUGCCAGGAGGAACGGGGCCUCCAACCGCUCCAGGUGCUGGUCACUUCCAGCCACCCACCAUGGACCCGUGGGGUUUUAUAGCGCGGCAUUACGCAUCGCAGGGACCUCUCCUGCCGCCGAGCCAAUGGAGCCACAAUCUGCUCGGCCUGGGACAGCACCGGCAGCAGUCGCAUGCCACGCCUGUGCCACAGGAGGAAGCUGCAGACACCACCUGCAGUACGGACGCCGCCUGCGAGGGGGGCGACCCCCUUGACGAACAGGCAGAUGAGAGGGAAGUGGAGCCAGAAGCCAUGGAAGACACGGUGGAGGAAGGGGAAGCACCCCUGCACAAUGAGGCCGACGACGAGCUCACCGACGUCCCCGAGGACGACCUAGAAUGGGACAGCGACCAGCCAGACACUGACGAGGAGGAGGAAGAGCUAGCUUCGGCAUCAGCAGAUGCACCAGGGGCGAAAGCCCCCAAGCGGCCAGCAGGACAUGGUUCCCAGAGGGUGGCCAAUAAAGCCAAGAAAUCAGAUGUCAAGAAGUUGUGGCGAGAAAGGAACUGGGGCAAGAAACCGAAAUGGUUGAGCUGGCGAGCAGCUCUCGCCUACCUCCAACGAGACGAGCAGCCACCAGCCAGAGAACCACUUCCACCAACACCAUCGCCACAGCGCGAACAUCUCCGAGCAGCCCUGGCGGCCCACCACUACAGCUACGAUGACCAAGGGAACCUUGUGCAGCUCCGCGGGGACGGAGUCGCCAAGUACCCAGUACAGAUCAUCGACAAUCGUCCCAUCCCGGCUCAGGGACAGGCAGGGGGCCAACCCCUAGACAACGCCGACCUGCAGCUACACAACCACUACCACAACGUCAUCGGCGACCUCUUGGUGGUGCAACCCACCCACAUCACUGACUACCCGCACGUACCCGGCUCAGCCUCGUCUUCCAGCUCGCGCGGCCCCAGGGAACCGCCGCAAGAAACAGGGGGACCUCCCCUGCCGGACAUGACGGACCUGGACCAACAAGCUGCGGAAGCUAUCAACGCAGGCCGAGCCCCACCUUGGCGCAUUGAAGGAGAUGGCCCCAGUAUGCGGAGCAGCGUUAGAGUCGACGACAACAGCCAUGACCUGUCAUGGGUACAAGGGGUCACCCCGGCGACACUGCCGCCGCCGAUGCCACUUCACCCACGUACGAUCCUGAGCAUGCGGGGCACGGCCACGGGCUCAUGGCGAGGGACAACAUGGUCGCCACCUAGCAACUCCGUGGUGCGACACCCAGCAAGGCUCGAUGUUGAGCCUACCUUGGUGAUCUACAAAACACUGGCAGGGCGACCAGAACGGGGGAUUCUCCCCGAUGGCAUCCACAUGACCAUCCACCCGGCAGGAGCCUGGAUAGCCACCACCCGAUUUGAACUGGGGUUUGCUCGUACCCCAAGAUACUGGCUCGUGGAAGUGGACUACGCACCACCGCCUGGGCCGGACCGGAUGCAGCUACGUACAGGCGAGAGUUUCUGGCUUGAAUGGCGAGGCGAAGAAAGACAAUGGCAGCGCAGACCAAGGUUCCACAAUGACAUCGCUGUUCUCGGGGGAUUUCCCGAUAUCCCACAAGCUCAAGCUCCCAGACCGCCGACGCCACCACAGCGGAGGGACCCUACCACGGCACAGAGCAGCAGCCAACCAAGGCAACGGGGAUUCAACCCGCAGUACUUUGUGGACACGCGCCCACUACGGGGAAGGUUGAUCCCCACUGCAACUCCAACGUCGACUGCACAGGAGCCAUCGUCAUCUACUGCCACGGACAGCAGUUUUGGGAGAUCGACCCAGGAAGAGCAUGGCCGGCCGAGAGCGAAAAGCAAAGCAAAGCCCCCUCAACCACCGCAGCCGAGCUCGGGAUCGGAAACGGAGACCAGCUGGCCUAGUGAGGACCCGCAACAGAACCAUGACGAUCAGGCCCUGCUGCAAUCCUUCGUCAAGAACAUCGCGGCCCCUGCAGAAGCCACGGAAGACGCCGAGGAUGUCACCCUCAUGCAAAAAGGGCGAUCACCUCCCAGCGCUGAACCCGGCAAUGAUCGUGCCACGAGAGAGCCAGCUAGGGGAUCGACCCCACAGGCACCUGAAGCCUUGGACGUGCAUGGGACAGCCGAUGACACAGCAUGGUUCUCCGUCGCUGCCAACUUUGAGGGCGACUUCACAGUGCAUGGGUUGCUCAGACUCCUGCAGAAAAUCCUGCAUGAGAUGCUGCAGCAAUCUUUCACGCUGCCCAGCGACUACCUCACCAGCCUCGCCUACCACGCCUGCUACUACAUCUCCAAGCUGCAAAGCACCCACGAUAGAAACAUGCAGCCAACCACAAGCACGGGGGAAAACCCCGCCUCACAAGCUGCAGCGGGACCGACUGCCAUGGUUUUCUGCAUCACCAAUACCUUUGUGGAGGCCGAAGCAGCAUUGGAGAGCCUAGCUCACCACCACGAUGAGCUCCCUAAAAGGCACUUGACAAAGGAACUCCAGAGGGCGGAGGCCCUGCUCAGAGAUGGCCGGGCAAUCUUCAAGAGUUGGGCCCGGGACCCUAAUGCUCCAGGGGCCUUGCCGGGCACAGCAGCCUCGCAAAAUGCUCUGGAUGGGGUUGGAUGGUCCUUCCUGGCUCUGGAAGAGGGUGGUACCGCUACCCUGGACGAAGUCCUUCAUAAUGCAUGGCUGGCUACACAGCGCUGCAAUAAAUACAUGGACGAGCUCCUAGCAUGGAUCGAGCAACAGUUUCAGGACAGCAAUGCGAGGGGGAGUCCAUCCCCAAAACGUCGACGGACGGAAGUUGCAACUGGCAGCCUAUCGCACCCAGUCUUUGUCAACGAGGAGCAGGGGGGCAACCCCCCGACACUACAUUCGGGACGCGCCGAACCUCAUGCCGUACCGGUACCACCUGAUGUUCGACCGCGACCAGAUCCAGCAAAAGACCACCGAGCACGCAGCGGACCAGAACCAGGCCCAGCGCCAUACAACGUUCUGCGGGCGCAGCAAAUCCUUGAGGGAGUGCUACCCUUCACAGAGCAACAAGUGGCGUGUGCCCUCCAGGAGGCCCACGCAUACCUACUGCAAUGGACCAGCAGCCUAUGGGGUGAGCCCAUUGUGCUUACGGACAGCGCAGAGAGCAGUGGCCAACCUGCCUCGCACAAUAACCUGGGAAGUGGAAGCGCCAUGACAGAUGACAGGGGGGCAUUACCUCCCACGCUGCCUGCAGCCAACAGCUCCGACGAUGCCUCCACAGUGACGUCGCACCGCAGACGCAGACUACACGCCAGCAUCCUCGACUGA